AUGCCAUAUCUAACCUCCAGCCCACCCCCAGCCCCCAGCCAACCCCCAGCCCCCAUCCAAUCCCCAGCCCCCGUCCAACCCCCCAAGCCCCCACCCCCCUCCCUGACCACCGCCACCACCACCACCCCACCACCACCCCAAAGAAGGCCAUCCACCAAGAUGGCCUUGCCGGCAGGGAGGACCAAUCUUCGGUUUGGAGUCACCAUGCUGAAGCUAGCUCUGGUACUCUCCAUAAGCACUAGCUGGUUCAGUCCGGUCCUUGCCAGUUUCAUCCGGUUCAAACCGGACACCGAGUACGUCUACACCUUCCAUUCCUCCACGGAACUGAAGAUGGUUCGGACGCUGCAGGCCGAGUCUAAGAUUGGCUUCGUAUUGGUGAAAAGUUCCAACAAUAGCAGCGAGCUUCAGGAGAUUUACCUCCGGGUUCACUCGGUGGUCGUAACCAGCCAGGAGGAACGAGUUCAUCUAAGCGAGGAGAGAGAUUUUACUGACUGGUUUUCAUUUGACAUCAGCGAGAAUGGAGCGAUUGGCCAGAUAUACUUCCCACGUGACCAGGAUGAUCACGUGAUAGGUGUCAAGAAAGGUCUGGUCAGCCUGUUGGCAGCUAACCUGCAACAUCCUCCACAAGACAAGCUGUUGGGAAGCUACUGGAGCUACGACUGCAAUGAGACAGGUCAUGAGGGUCAGCACGAGUCGUCCUACACGGCUCAGAUGGCUCCUGGCAACGAUGGCAUUAUUGUCUUCACUAAGACUAGACGGACUCAUCCAAUACCUUACGGCAAAUCCAAACACCAAAAGGAGAUUCACUAUCACCCAGCUAUGCAGCUCCCAUCCAUGGUCAAGAUACUCGACCACUUUGAUGCUCCGAGGGAAUCAGCACCAGGAUUUCAGCAUCGGCAUUAUGGGGAGGAACAAGCAGGAGAUGAUAUUGAGUUUCCUGAGAUGCAGACUGUUUCUGAAGGACAGCUGACCUUUGUUGGAGAGUCAUACUACCAGUCACCUACUGGACCACCUGAUGACGAGGAUAUUGUCACUGACUCCAUUCACUUCAGGAAGCCGCAAGAUGACCAUCUGAACUUUGAAAUGGCAUCCUUGAAGGAAGAGAUUGCUGGCAACUUGACAUGCAUGAGGACAGCACCUAUGAAAGGAUCCCAUGAACAGACCCAUUGUUACCAGAAGCUAGUUCAAACUUUACACUCGGUGCCUGACGCUCAGAAACUGGCAGAGAUUGUGUCUCCAAUGUACCAGCUGCCACUGUCCAGACGUGUUCGUGACAAGCAGGACAGGCUGAACAUGCUGGAUGCAGUUGCUGAGAUGCACACUGAUGCCUCCCAGUCGCUCCUUACUGAUCUCAUCCUCCUGUCUCCAAAACCAAACAAGGAGCUGGUAGAGAGACUACUCAUUGCCUCUGCUGGCUUCACAAACACUAUUUCAGAGCAUUACCUAGAGACUGUAGAAGACAUCGCCUUUCAUCCUCAAACAUUCCCUGAAUCCCUAAAAGACCCUGAGAUACAGAGGGUUGCUGUGCUGGUACUCGGUGCCUUGGCUGGUCACCGAUGGAAGGCUGGAUACAAAUCUCAAGCAGAGUUCAUUGUCCGCAAGAUUGAAGAUAAACUUGGUGUGCACGAUCCCUGGGCCUAUGAGAAGACCUUGACGUCUCUGACUGAGGAUGACCAAGAGGAGUUUCACCAUGACACGGUGGCAUUAAUUGAAGCUCUGGGCAAUGCUGGGCUGCAUUGCUCCUUCCCCCACAUCCAGAGCUAUACCAACCACAGCGCUACUCAUCCACUGCUGAAAAGGGCUGGCUUACACUCCAUGAGGGACUACCAUCAUGAUACGGCAGCAGGGAUUCUGCUGAAGUCAGCCUUAGAUGAAGAUGAGAAUGAGCAUGUCAGAUAUGAGGCAUCCUUGCUUUACAAGAAUCACCCGAUGGGCGGUGACCAAAAUAUCUCCAAGUUUGUCACCCCAGAAGAAUAUUCUGCCGUCAACUCCUCCCAAGACGUAGCAACCACUGCAGUGAGUGUGCCCUCUAGACAUCGCGUGAGGCGAGGAUUCUGGGAAGGAAUUGAAUUCAAGUUGGCCAGUCCCUCCAUCCACUGGAAUAAGCUCAUCGGCAAACCCAAGACUGGGGCUGAGUUUGGCUUGACUAUUAAGAAUGAACUCGACUUGAAGAUUUCUCCACUGAGUGGUCACCUGAGCGUGGAUCUAUUUGACGAGGCUUAUGCCACAGUUGUCGUUGGGCUUGUUGGGUUUUCAAUGGACAUUGCCCGGGCUCGAUUCUGCUUCAAUGGCUACAUUGAUUAUAACCUCAACAUACUGCAGGAGUUUGGCGUGGAGCGCAUUAGUGACUUUGUCAAAGCAUACGAUCUCAUCGUUGGGCAAGUAAUUGGAAACAUCCGUAGGGCAGUGGACAUUGUUGUUGGUCUCUUCAACGGUGACAUAAGCAUCUCUCAGCUAUUUGACGACUUUGUUCAAGCUCUGGAGAACAUCCCCAGUAGCAUUACUAACGUGAGAUCUGUGGCUACCAAGGCUGUGUCCAGACUGUCUCAGUUUGAUCCUGAUCAGCUACCACCGUCCUUCAGAGGUGUCAUUAAUGUGGUCAACAAGGCUACUCAGUUAUUCAGUGAUAUCAAGACAGAUGUCAUGGAAUUCUACCAGGCCGUCAAUGAAGCCAUCACAGUCACGUUGCCCUGGGCAGCAGAGCAGAUCUGGAAGUCUAUUACUACAAUUGGAGAUGCCAUUGCAAAUCUACUCAAGUCACCACUGAAAACCAUCGGAGACAUCUUUAAAGGAGUCCUCAACAUCAAGACUGCAGUUACUGAAAUCAUCAAUGCCAUGAAAGAGGUGGAAGAAGCCAACUUUUUCAAGGAAGGUCAGAGACCCUACUGGUUUGAUCUGCCCAAGGUCAUCGGUGAUAUGCUCAAAGAAUUAAAGGAGCAUCUCGGCAACAUCAGACGAGAUCUUAGAGUUUGGGUGGAUGAGAUUGUGGGUUCCUCAGAUCCCAUCAAGAAGCUGACAGGGGGAGCAGUGGAUUCGCGCACAUUGAGGAGGCGAGUCCAAGAUGAGAUUGAGUCCAUCUUCCAAGAUUUGAUGGAACCCAUACAGCCCAUCGUGAAUCUCCUACAACCAUUCUUUGAGCUGUACGACCUUGUGUUCAGUACUGUUGAUGCUGUCAAAGAAGCCUAUCAAACACUGAAGGAAGGUUACCAAAAAUCUCAAGCUCUUGUCAUGAAACUGUUUGGGCCUAAGGCCCACGAGAGAUUUCCUAGGAAAUACCGAGAACCUGGCUCUGGGGAGUGUGCAUCAGGAGGUUUCUACCCGACUGACUCGGCUGGACAUUAUGAGGAUCAAGGUGUAGAUCUGGAAAUUUCAGCAGGAACAAAGUUGGUGGCACCAUUUUCAGGCGUCCUAUUCAAGAGUGCCGGUAAACCCAACCAGGUUACUCUGGUAGCUGGUGGUGGGGCCUUCCGAAACAUCAAGAUCUUCAUUGACAACAUCAAGCCCAAUCGCACCAUCUCUGAAACUGAGGGAGUGAAUGUGAUAGCUGGUACCGUCAUGGGUACAGUCGGCAGGUCUACAACCUGCACACCACCCAACUACAUCCACCUGUCCAUGAAGAACUCUAAACCUAACCGCCUGGCAGCCAUUCUAGACAUCGCCCUGGAUGAUGAUCCUUCAGCUUCUGAUGAAGCUGCUAAAGAGGGCUAUGUGGACCCUAGUCACUACCUUGCCAAGAGGCCCCUGGCGCUACCAAAAUGGACUCAAGUCUGUGAUGAUUACAAGCUGGUAUGGAAGGGAGAGACAGUGAAGGAAGGUACUUUGCUUGGACGCGAUAAUAAGGACGGAGAGACGAAGGACACCAGUCCAAAGCGCCAACCUCCCCCUGACACAACCACCGAUAGACCUGACCCUAGCAAGAGACCACCACAGCGAACAUCUUCUCUUAAUCAAGCAAUAUCACCAGGCAACAGACAGCAGACCCAGGAAACACUUGGCCUUCCAGAGCCAAAAAUAGGCUCGGGUUCUCCUUUCAAGAACUUCACUCUGAGGAAUUUGAAGAUUGGCUCCAUUCUGGCAUUUGCCCGUAAGAUUGGACUGGAGAAAACAGCAGAUGACUUACUGACAGUUGUCAAGACGAUUGUUAAACUAGUGAGUGACAAGCCGUGCAUUCUACCGGAGUCUUUGUCCAAUGAUAUGUUGAGGAUUGAGCUCCAGCAGCGCGGUCUCAGUUCACAGGGAGACAGGAAGACUCUACUCCAGCGAUACAAACAACCCGAAGAUCGCUGCCCCCUGCUACAAGUCUCCCUACCCAAGAAUGUCUACUGUAAGAUAGAUGAAAGCUGCCUGGGCGUGGAGUGCUGUAUGAACGUCAAACUCUUCAUGGUAUCUCUGGCCUUCAAGGCAUUCAUGCGCUUUGAUCCUUGCGAGUUCCAGUUUGUACUCGGUGUCAACUCUUGGAACUACACCAUUCAGAUCCUGGAUGUCGAAUUUGGCAAAGAAUGGGACGUGCCAGUGCCCUUUGACAUUCCAUUUUUGGAUGAUAUGGAGCUGCAUCUUAGGUACGGCAUUGAGAAGAGCAGGACUCAGCUACUGGUCAGCAUGUCUGUUGGUUUCUGCCCAGCGACUGGUGAUGCAGAUUGUUUGCCAUUUAUCCAAGUGUUGAAGGAUUCUGCUAUUGCUUUACCUAUCUGUCAUCCCAAUGGUACCAUCACGUGGCCAAACAUUGACCUGGAGGAGUAUUUCUCCCGCGCUGCCUUGAAGAAUCUACUCAAGGAGACGGGCGAGGAGCUACUGAAGGCAGGCACUGAGGCU